AUUCCAGGUCGGUCAGGAAGCUGGUUUGCUCAAAUCUGUGGCGGGAAGGGAAGGGAACAGCCAUUCCUUUGGGAAGAAGAAAAGACGAAGGGAACGCGCAGGUAAACCCUCAAAUCCCAAGCAGCACUAACCGUAAUCGGUUCCCUUCCCCUCUUUGCCAUGUCUUUCCUCGACGAAUUUCAAGCCAACCUUGAGUCACUGCCCAACAUCCUGCAGAAGAAGUACGCCCUUUUACGUGAUCUUGAUAAGAGCUUGCAGGGGAUCCAACACCAAAAUGAACAGCGUUGUGAACAAGAGAUAGAGGAAAUUAAGUGCCGAAUCAAGACUGCAAAUACUUUGCCCGAUGCUUCGGUAAUCAAAUUCUCCGAUGAGGCACUCGAUGAGCAGAAACAUAGUGUCAGGAUUGCUGAUGAAAAGGUUGCCUUAGCUGUCCAAGCAUAUGACCUGGUUGAUGCACAUAUACAGCAACUUGAUCAAUAUUUGAAGAAGUUUGAUGAGGAGCUCCGGCGUGAGAGAGAGAACAAUGCUGCAUCCGGACAGCAGACUGCAAGCACUGAUUCCACUCCAAAAUCCGGAAAGGCUAGUGAGGGUGGUAGAGGACGUAAAAAGACACGGCUGGCUGCAGCAACUGAAGCAGCAGUUGCCACCUCAUCUGCUGACCCCUCCACCACCGUGGAACUGGAUAUACCAGUAGAUCCCAAUGAACCAACCUACUGUUAUUGCAAUGAAGUUAGCUACGGGGACAUGGUUGCUUGUGAUAACCCAGAUUGCAAGAUAGAAUGGUUCCACUUCGCCUGUGUCAAUGUUAAAGAACAACCCAAGGGUAAAUGGUACUGCCCGGAUUGCGCUCCUGCGAGGGGUCGACGGAAAGCAAAAUGAACUUUGAUGAUGCUUGCAAUUCGUGCGCCUUGCUGCUGCACUGACUUUGUACAGCGAUGCCCUGUAUCAACCUUGAAAGCUGCGUCAGCCUGUGUAUCGUGGACGUCUUGUAUGCAUUUGUUUUUUUUUUUUGUAAGACUUGCGUUUCUUUCAGCUAUAAGAAGAAAGUGACAGUUUCUACUUUGACGUUCAUUGGACGAUUUUCCAAACAAGGUCAUGAUACAUUUGCAAGCAGUAG